AGCAGACAGAGAUAUUUGAACUUUGUCCUUCAUCUACAGAGAAAAACAACAAGCGAAGUAUAAAAGGGGGGAGCAAAGGAGGAGGAGGUACUUUUUUGUUCCAGGAGUUGAAGAGAAAGCUGAGUUCCGCAUAGACAGAGCAACAUUUUAAACAAAGGAUUGGGGCAGGGAGGAGGCGCCAGAGGGAUGUGGGUGCGCCUCGGUUUGCUCCUCACUCUCUGCCUGCUCCAUGGAGGCGGUGCAGAGAGUGAGGGAGGAGGGCCACGCUGUCAGCCCCCAUCACCCUGGAUGAUCGGGGAGGUGGAGCCAAUGAAAGGCUCAAGGGGCCAAGUAACAGUAGUGGCCCUAUUGAAAGCAAGCUGACUAUUCUGCUUGGUGCAGGCCUCAAGACUUGAUGGCCUGCGCCAAGAAUUGGAGAGUCAUGGUAUGAGGGAUGUGGUUUACAUGGUCAUCAACCACCAGGAGGAGCAAUCGCAGCGACUCCACCCCAUGCUGGCUCAGAGGCUGUCAGAUAAAAUCUCACUGUAUAAACAGGCUGAACAACAGCCAGAUGUUUGGCAGACUCUCAACGCAAAGAAGGAUGACUUCAUUAUCUAUGACAGAUGUGGACGUCUCACCCACCACAUUUCCCUUCCCUACUCCGUCAUCGGACAUGGCCACAUAGAGAGUGCCAUCAAAGAGGCAUACUGCAAUCGCAUGUGUGGAGACUGCUCACAUGAGACUGCUGAGACUUUAGAGGCAUGCAAAGCAAAACCACCUGCACAGCCUGAUGCAGAUGCUCCCCCAGCUGUAGGAGACCUCCCAGAACAUGAUCACAGCCGCCAUCAUGGUCAAGGUCAUCAUGGUCAUGGCCAUAGGCACCAUGGCAAUCAUCAUAGUUCCCAUCAUCGUGCCUUUGGCCGCAACCACGGUCAUCACCAUGGUAACCAUAAUGGUGAUGGCCAUGGUUCUGAGUUGGAACAAAGUCAACAAGUGGUUAGGCCAGAAGAGCAUCAGCUGCAGCAUGCAGUGGAAACACAGCAGUUAUUGCAGCAGGACCUAGCAGCCCAAGUCAGACCAUGAGUGGCACAAAAGCUGAGGUGAAAGUCAAAGUUCACCUGACAGGGAACAACAGGCUCAGGGAACGAAGCAGCUCCAAAGGCCAGCUGAUGCUGACACUGACGCAGGCUGUUUGGUGAGGCGGGAAGCGAGCAGCCACUCGGACUCUGACACUGUGACGAGGCUCUGCCUGCCUCCUGACAGUGACAGGGCCUCACGAGUGAGGCGGCCAUCGAUGUCAAGGAGACUUGACAGUGACGAAUGCCUCCUGCUGCCUGACAGCAGCCGCAACCAGCCCCAUGAGCCUGACCCCCUGGCAUUGGUAGCUGAGCAUGAGAGCAGCUGUAAGCUGGAUCUGAUAUCAACUAUCAAUGCUUGGGCCAAGUGCUCCUAUUGCCAACAAGUAUUACCUUGAGAGAGGGGGCAGGACAACCCAAAUACAUUUACUGGAAAAGAUCAGAAUAAGAAAGGAGUUAUUUUUGGAUUUAUUAUGUUUGCAUAUUUGGCCAUGGAUUGCCUUGCCCUCUCUCUCUCUGGUGUCUAUUGGGUUAUCAUGUCCAUAAACUGACUCCUUCAUGCAGUUCUCGCCUUCCUUUAUGAAACCAGACGCAGAAACUAUGCUCUAGUGGCGUCUGUAUGAUGUCUGGCAGGAAAGAGAGAGAGGGAGUAAGUUUAAGAACAUUGUAAACACCUAAAACCAACAAAAGUUAAUGUCCAAGACUAGUCAGAAAGGACAAAAGAAAACAUUCUAAGUCUCCAAAAAAGAAAAGAAUACUACAGAGUCGAUUUAUCGAGAAGCAUAAGUUAUGUACUAGAAAAAAAACUUCAAAGCAUUUUUUUUUGUUUAGAUUUUUUCUUAUAGUCCAGUUCUAAAAUGAAUCAGUUACUCUCUUAAGUUUCUGUUUCCACUCACUAAAUGUUUCACAAGCUUUAACAAAUCUUAGAUGUUAUAGCCAAAAAUUUAAUCAAAACAUCUUUAGAAAUGGUGAGAAAGGGAUAAUAGGCAUGAAAUGGUGCAAUAUGCUCUGUAAUUAAUGAUGGUUUCUGUGGGAAGAUCACGGUCACCAUGAAAUCCUGAUGCUAACACAGAGAAUUGCAUUGUGUUGGGUUUGUUGAACAGUGAAACUGUGAAGAAUUUAAUAAAAAUGAUUUUCUUAUUCUUUUA